GACUUGAAUUGCGAUAAAAAGCAGAAAUUUGAAGGAAAUUACAAUUCAUUUGAUUUUGCAGUUAAUCAUCGAUUUGAUAGUCAUUUGAAUCACUUCUGGAGUUUGAUUAUCAGACCAUCUGUUUGUCUGAUUUGAUCUGAAAUCCGAGUGAUUGUCCGCAAAAUAUCAAGUUUCCUAACAAUAGAGUGUCCGUUGGAUCAGAAGAGGUGUUUCAUCUGAGAUGUCCUUCACAUUCGCCGCCUUUUCCUAUAUCUCUGGUCUUAUUUUAGACGCUUUCCUCAUAUUCUUCGCUGUCUUUCACGUGAUCGCUUUCGAUGAGCUCAAGACUGACUUCAAGAAUCCCAUCGAUCAGUGCAAUACAUUGAAUCCAUUGGUUUUACCCGAAUAUGGCGUUCACUUGGCGUUCAAUGUCUUGUUCUUAAUCGCCGGCGAAUGGUUAACACUUCUGCUGAACGCACCGCUCAUCGCGUAUCACAUCUAUAGAUAUAAGACGCGUCCCAUAAUGUCUGGUCCGGGACUGUACGACCCGACGACUAUCAUGAAUGCGGAUCAGUUGUCGCGAGCCAUGCGCGAGGGUUGGAUCAAACUGGGCUUCUAUUUGCUCUCAUUCUUCUACUAUCUCUAUGGCAUGAUUUACUCAUUAAUACAAAAUCCUUAG